AUGGGGGCAGAAUCAGAGGUAGUUCUCGACCAAACAGAUAACAACGACAAUGUGUCUGUGCCAGAGAAAGCAGAGAACCGGACAUUGAGAUUCUUGAAGAAGGCAGCGCUCUUCAUCCUAAGCCAAUGGCUUAUUAUCGGCAUGGGCAUCGCAUGCCUGCUAGCCUACCUGUUCCCCAACGUCGCCAAACACGGCGGCAUCAUCAAAUCCCAAUACAGCAUUCUUUACGGCGCUGUUGCACUAAUUUUCUUAAUCUCCGGGUUGAGUGUCCCGCGGCACAAGCUAUACACGCAUAUGCUUAACUGGCGACUACAUGCCUUGGUCCAGAUCAUCUCGUUUCUGUUUGUCCCCGCCGUGGUUCUCGCAGUAGUGCAUCUGAUCAUUGCCACCGACCCCGAGAAAGAGAUCGACCCGGCUGUGUUGGCAGGCUAUAUAAUCGUCUCGUGCAUCCCGACCACAAUCGCAUCGAAUGUGGUCAUGACAAGAUCCGCCGGCGGCGAUGAUGCCGCCGCACUCGUCGAGGUGCUCAUUGCCAACAUCCUCGGCCCUUUCUUGACCGCAGGCUGGACAGUGACCCUGAUGCCUAAUACUGCUGAAUUUGAGCCCUGGAAGAGCGGGAGCAGCAACAUGACCAGCAUGUAUAGAGAUGUAUUCAAGCAGCUCGGUCUGAGUGCCUUGCUCCCGCUGGUCGUGGGACAGGCGAUCCGAUGGACAUGGGAGAAGCGAACGAGCAUGAUAUUACAAAAAUUCUAUGUCAACAAAUGGAGCACCGCAUGCAUGAUACUUCUCGUCUGGACGACGUUCUCAUCUGCCUUUGCGACUGAUUCGCUCGAGGCUCUCUCAACGCAGAGCGUUGUUUUCACUGUGUUCUUCAACAUUGCGUUGUAUCUCUUCCUAACCGCCGUUUGCUUUUCUCUGUCUCGACCACCACAAUUCCUCCGCAAGGGCUCCUGGGGUAAGCGCGUUUUUCAAGCGAUAUCUCCAGAGGAAACGAUCGCGGUGUGCUUCUGUGGCCCCGCAAAGACGACUGCGCUUGGUAUCCCAUUAUUGUACGCCAUGUACGAAUCGAUGGACCUCUACACGAAAUCUAAAACGUCAAUUCCCGUUUUGCUGUACACCACUGAGCAGAUAUUUGUGGCGCAUUUUAUGGUGUAUAUCCUUCGUUGGUGGCGGACGCAUUUGGAAUGCAGCGGCGAGAAGCGCGACACCGAGAGUAUCGCGGGAGGUGGCCAUGUUUAG